CAGAGCAAGACAAAAGCGCCAUCAUUUAUGAAGCCUGCCUGCGCUGGUGCUUGGAAAAGUCUCUGUCAAAGCGCUUAUUUCUCUGGCGUUUUUAAGGGUCACCUGCUCAUCACUUCCACUCCUGGAAACCAGCUAUACCUGAGAGGGAAAGAAAGCAAGAGAAUCUCGAGAUGGCUGGGCGAAAACUUGCUCUAAAAGCCAUUGACUGGGUAGCUUUUGGGGAGAUCAUACCCCGGAACCAGAAGGCCAUUGCUAACUCCCUGAAGUCCUGGAACGAGACCCUCACCUCCAGGUUGGCUACUCUCCCUGAGAAUCCACCUGCUAUCGACUGGGCUUACUAUAAGGCCCAUGUGGCGAAGGCUGGCUUGGUAGAUGACUUUGAGAAGAAGUUUAAUGCCCUGAAGAUUCCUGUGCCAGAGGAUAAAUAUACUGCCCAGGUGGAUGCUGAAGAGAAAGAAGAUGUGAAAAGUUGUGCUGAGUUUUUGUCUCUCUCAAAGGCCAGGAUUGAGCAAUAUGAAAAAGAGCUAGAGAAGAUGAAGAACAUAAUUCCGUUUGAUCAGAUGACCAUUGAGGACCUGAAUGAAGUCUUCCCAGAAACCAAAUUAGACAAAAAGAAGUAUCCCUACUGGCCUCACAAGCCAAUCGAAAAUUUAUAAACUUGAGUUGGGGAGAAAGCUCUGGCCCUCGAAUUAUAAACUCUGGACAUUAAAAAUAAUGAUACGGUG